AUGCCCAAGAAGAAGCCAACGCCGGUCGAGGACCUUAUCAUACCGCCACAAGACACAAAAAUCUGUGGCACGAUAUGUUUAUGUCAAAUGACUUUGGUUUUGAGUAGUGUAGCAAUAGUGUAUCUGACUGUAGCAAUUUACGUGCCGUCCACUCGCGCCAUGAAAUCAGGCAUCACGGAAAAUCCAGUUAUGUGCACGACUACGCGAGCCGUCCUAGUCGAAACCUGUGAUUGGGGCUCCUGCGGCGAAUGGUGUCUUAGCAAAACUUCCGGUUCAUGUAUGCAAAUUUUUGUAAAUUUAAGGCAGAACGGCUCAAACCUUCUCAUGGCUAAUUGUACGAAUAUAGCGCAAAAAUUCUGCUACGGCAAAGACCAAGAGAAUGCGAAAAAAAAUAGGUGCAUUGCGGACGAAUGCAAGAAUUUGACAGGUACAUUUAACUGUUCGAUGGGCAUGUGCAUUGACAUAACCGAUUCCUUUGAAUGUAUCUACAAAGAAACCGAUCCACCUUUGAAAUGUUCAGGUAGACGUGGCAAAAUCACUUGCAUUGAUCUUGACGGGCUUUAUAAUUGUAAUAGGGGCACAUGCGAACGAAUCAGGACACCGUACAAUUGUGACAGGCAAUGCGGAGACAUCCCAACCAGGAAUAAAAACGUUAUAGUGCUGAGCGGGGACGAAGUUUAUUUGUCGCAAUGUCAGCGAUGUUUGGAUGCAGACACGGGUGAAGAAAUAUGGAACGAAACCCAGGAUAACAUUCUAAUGACUUCAUGCUAUACAAUCCUAAACACCACACGAGGUCUCGAAGCAACGGACUGCAUAAACGGUUCACUGUUGCCUAACAAUAUACUCAGCGACUUGACCAACUUUACAUACUUAAGCUACCUAAGCGUGUUCGAAACCACACCGCUCGACGACCGAAGACUCGUUGCGCCUCCAGAACCAGACUUGCUUAUAGCGAACGAAAGCAAGCUCCUUAUUAACCUGGAGGGCUGCGUCAAUACGCUCAGAGACGAGUGCAAGGAUUUUCUCAAGUACUACGGAAAAGAUGGUACUGACCACAACGCGCGGGCGCGUUUCCCUUGCUUCUUCUCGGCCGAAGAUCCAGGAGUUGUAGUCGCUCGAUUCGAUCUAGCCACCACCACCAAGCAGUUCUUGUUCGCCUCAGUCGUGCCUACAGUAUUGUUUUUCAUUUCAUGUAGCACUCUUAUUCUUUGUCAAAAAACUGUUGUUGUUGGCGAUGAUGCUAAAAUGCGAUUUCAGAGCUGCGUGAAGAAGGAAGACGACGAAUGCGAAGCCAUUGAAAAGUCAGCGUCCACCAACAACAUGACGGAUCGCGGCGGAGGAAAUUCGAUUAUGGCACUCUGA